AUGAGAGUCAAUAGAGAGAAGACUGUAUACAUGUACUGUAACUUUUCUAAUGCCAAUGUGGAUGUUAGUCCAUGUCCAUCUAUCGAAGGUAGUCCUCUUAAGAGAAUCGAAGAAUUUAAGUAUCACGGAUCCAUUGUAGCACCAAAGGCAAGUAUAGAUAGAGACAUACAAAAUAGAACCCAAACAGCUUGGUUAAAAUGGAGAUCGCUGUAUGGCAUUCUAUGCGACUCCCUUAUGCCUAUUAAAAUAAAGGACAAUGUAUACAAAAGAGCUGUAAGACCAGCUCUGCUAUAUGGAUCUGAAUGCUGGAUGAUGAGAAAGACGGAUGAACAGAAAAUUCACGUCAUUGAGAUGAUAAUGCUACGUUGCUCUGGAGGAGUUUCUAUAAUGGAUAAAAUAAGAAACAAUUAA